AUGGAGCAUUCAGCUCCGUCGCCGGAAAAAGAAGACGACGCCGUAGAAGGCGGUGACGACGAAGUAAUGAGCGAAGUCCACCUUGGAUGCCCACCCGGUUUCCUCGGACCUCACAUUUCCCGUUUUACCAUUUCCCUUCCACUCCCACACGAUCUUGAUCACAGCAAACAAGUUCACAGUUCGGAAAACGAAGAAUUCGAAACUCCGAUUCUACAAUUCGAUCAAGACGGUGACCUAGUUCUACCUCGUCGUCGCACCGCAAAUGCAUCCUGUGAUGAUAAUAGCUAUUGUCUGAGAAUUCAGCAUAAUAUCACUUCAUCGAUUCCGAAUGUUGGCUUGCAAGUUUGGAGAGCUGAAUUGGUGUUAACUGAUUUUAUAUUGUAUAAAACAUUGUGUUCAUCUGAGUUUCGCCAAGUUACUGCCAUAGAACUUGGCGCUGGAACUGGCCUGGCAGGUUUGUUACUUGCACGUACUGCAAAAAAAGUGUUUAUAACAGAUCAUGGGAAUCAAAUACUUGACAACUGUGUGAAGAAUGUUCUGCUUAACCGUGGAUUAUUGAAUAAUCCAGCUACAGUUUAUGUACGUGACCUUGAUUGGUUUGAUUCCUGGCCUCCCAGAGUCAGAGUAGGAGAAGCUACUUGCACACAUAGAUAUUCUUGGACUUCCAUAGAUAUUGAAGAUGCAGAAAAUGCUUCUGUGCUGCUCGCUGCUGAUGUUAUUUAUAGUGAUGACCUGACUGAUGCAUUCUUCAGUACUUUAGAGAGAUUAAUGUCAAGGGGCUCUACUAAGGUGUUAUACAUGGCACUAGAAAAGCGAUACAACUUCAGUUUUUCUGAUCUUGAUGUCGUUGCAAAUGGAUAUUCACAUUUUCGCAGCUAUCUUAGGGACGAGGAUGCAAUUGAAAGCUUUGAGUCUGCAAGCAUGUCUAAUUUCGUGGGCAAGCAAAUGGACAUCUCUCAAAUUCCGCAGUAUGUUAAAGAAUAUGAAAGAACACACGAUGUCGAGAUUUGGCGCAUCAAGUACUGUGGACCAAACCAUGAAACCUCAGUUAUUCCAGGAUAA